CCGUGUCCGCGGGUCAUAUGAUACCGCUUCGUUAUGUCAUCAUCUUGCGACGGUCUUUGACAGAAUGGUCCAUGUGAACAGGUUUUAACCAAAGUUAUCGUUAAAUAUCGCUGAACUCUCUACUGCCCCUCUGCAAGUUGAACAUGAGAUGGUGACCCUGACUACCCAGUUGUGAGAACCUUUUUCUUUCCUCCCCUACCUGUGGGCUCUGUCUUGUCUCUGAGGCCUGAUGGCCAGCCGCCUCUUAGGCAGGUAUGCCCGUCUGUUCUGCAGGGCCUCCUCCCAGGCUCCAGCUGCUACUGCUGCUGCCCGCCUGCCUCUAGCUGUGGUUGAGCCUGCAGAGGUGCAGAGAGCUCAGGGCUGGCCAUGGGUCACAGAGAGGUUAAUGUGUGAAGGAAGGACAGUUCCUAAGGACGAAAAACACCUAGACACGCCUGCACGCACGCAGCUGGAUGAGUUGGUGGAAAAGGCAGAAGAUCCAGAAAGCAUCCUGCUGGCAUGGGCGGAGUAUGGAGGAAGUAGUCAACAGGCUGCUAAUGCUCUAGUAAAAUGGGCUCAGUUGGUACAAAAGACAAAUAGAGAUUUUAAGAAACAAGCACCAGACAUGAUGACAGAUCCAAGGCUACUGAACAUAAUCAACACUGUCGCUCAGGCGGUGAAUAAAGUGUGGAACAGCAGCCUAGUGUCUGUCUUGCGAGCUCUCUGGAUCAUACAUACCCCCAGCACUGAGCCAGUGCUCAGUUCUGUCCAGAAUGAGGUCCUGUGGAGAAUCCGCAGGCUAUCCUGCAAACACCUGACCUUCCUUGUAGAAUGGGGAGCAAACAGGAAAGCUGUGCAGGAUGUGAACAUAGUGAACACUGCAUUGAAACAGUUGGAACUGCGCUGGACUGAAAUCGAUGACACUAAAACUGUCACUAGUCUCAUCAUGAAAGGACAUCGAAUGUCACCUACCCUGUUAGAAAAACUGGAGGACAAGGCUUUGGAGCUGGCUGAGAGCUUCUCAGUGGAUGAUAUUCGUAAAGUUUGUCUAUCUCUGGCCUCUCAGAAACACAGAUCUGUCCCGCUGCUGAGAGCUCUGUCCUACUACCUACUGCAGAAACCUUCAGCAGACUUCACCACCUCUCUGAUCCUGGAUAUGGCCUUUGUAUAUGGGAAGUUGAACUUCAACCAGACUCAGGUUUUUCAGCGAAUGGCAGCAGAGUUAUUACCUAGAGUUCCUGAGCUCAUCUCUCUUGAUGUCACACGCUGUGCUAAGUCAUUCGGCUUCCUCAAGUGGCUCCACUUGCCUCUUUUUGAGGCCUUUGCCGAGCACUACACAGUCAACAGUAAGGAGUACAGCACUCUUCAGCUUUGUAAUCUACUCAUGACAUUCGCCAGACUUAACUUUCAGCCCAGCAAAGGAGAAGAGUUUUAUACUAAGGUUCACUCUGUGCUGGAGGACUCUCUCUCAGGCCUGGAGCCCUUCUUGCAGACAGAUGUAGUUUGGGCUCUGUGUGUGCUACAGCAGGCUAAGCCUCAUUACCUCAUUCCACUUACUCAGCAGAGCCACCUUACUAAACUAUCAGAGGGCAGUGCAGCUCGAGUGGAGAACUAUCAGCUAAAGAUCCUCCACAUUGCUGCUACACUCCUCUUAGAGCAUCCAGAUGUCUCCGAUUCUCACUCCUCCCUGAGUGCACUCUCGGUCCCGUCCAGAAGCUCCCCGCUCUCCCCCUUGCAGAGCGGUCUGAGGGAGACUCUACAGAGUUUAGUAGGUGGGAGAGCAGAGACACUUCGCACCGGGGUCGACACUGUGUAUGGAUGGACUAUUGAGGGUGAGCUGGUAGUGGAUUGUGACAACAAACCAGUCGACAUGUCACAUCUGAAAGCCCCUCAUCUACCCAGUGGAGGAGGAAACCAGGCUUUACCUGCAGGGGCCCGGCGGCUUGCUUUCUUGGCUUGGGAGUUUCCAAACUUUGGCUCGAAGAGUAAAGACCUUCUGGGACGCUUCACCAUGAUGAAGAGACAUCUCCAGCUGGCUGGCUUCAUCACAGUGGAGGUACCGUAUUAUGAGUGGCUAGAGCUGAAGACAGACUGGCAGAAAGUGGCAUACCUGAAGGAUAAAAUCGGGAAGGCUGUGGCGGAGGACAUGGCCAAAUGAGCCCAUCAGUCUGAGCAACAAAAACUGCAGACUCAGCUAAAUUAGAGCUUUCCAGCCCAAAUUGGACGACAGGGAAUACACACGUACGCCCACACUCACACUCAGAGUGGAGCGGCAUUGCAGAAAAGCUCUCCCGUACUUUGUCAGGAAAAAAAAAAUCAUAUUUUUGCUCUGGUUCCCUUGGCAACGUAUGGGGCUUUCCCUGUUUCCAUGGUGAUGACUAGCGAGGGUUUUGGAGGCACACAGAAAGACAGAAAUAAACACAUCGACGAGCCCAUCUGCAGGAAUGAUAUGAUCCACCAGAAAGAGUGACUUGUCAAAACAGAAGAACUAGAUCCAAUUGUUUAAUAUCAGAAUGUGGAAACAUUAAAAUAACUAAAUUAUCUCUGUGAAUGUGUGUCAACUUGUGAUGGAAUAAACAGUUUUAAUGCUA